AUGGAUGUAGGAUUCAAAAACCAUAACAACAGGACACCUACCAAGAACACCUCUGCUGCUACAAAGAACUUUUCUGCCUGGGAAGACUAUAAGAGUAGUGUUGACGACAUACAGUACUUUCUUAUUGGGCUGUACACACUUAUAAGUCUGGCCGGCUUUAUGGGAAAUCUGCUUAUACUAACGGCUCUACUAAAGCGCAAGCAGAAGACAAUAAUAAACAUUCUUAUUGGUAACUUGGCCUUUUCUGACAUCUUAGUUGUGCUGUUUUGUUCACCUUUCACACUGACAUCCGUCCUGCUUGACCAAUGGAUGUUUGGCACUAUCAUGUGCCAUGUAAUGCCCUUCCUCCAGUGCGCAUCAGUUCUAGUUUCAACUUUGAUGUUAGUAUCUAUUGCUGCAGUCAGGUACCGCGUGAUAAAAUAUCCCCUUUCUAGCAAUUUAACAGUAAACCAAGGCUAUUUCUUAAUAGUGACCAUUUGGGCCCUUGGCUUUGCCAUUUGCUCCCCUCUGCCAGUUUUCCACAAAAUUGUGGACCUCAGCAAAACUCUGAAUUUAGAGGCACUGGAGAACAGGCUCUUGUGUAUUGAGUCAUGGCCUUCUGAUUCCUACAGAAUCGCCUUUACAAUAGCCUUACUGUUCAUGCAGUACAUAUUGCCACUGGUGUGUUUAACUGCUAGUCACACCAGCGUCUGCAGGAGCAUAGGUUCCAGACUGUCAAACAAGGAAAACAAGUUUGAAGAAAAGGAGAUGAUAAAUCUAACUCUUCAUCCCUCUAAGAGUACCGGCAUGCAGGUGCAACCCUCCAGCCAUUCCAGAUGGAGCUGUGCGUUUGCCAGAAAGCACCACAGAAGAUACAGUAAAAAGACUUCAAGUGUGAUGCCAGCUAUUUCAAGGCAUCAUCAGGAUACUCAUUCCAGAGACCUCCCAGAAACCUCUGGCACAGAAAAGAGCCAGCUCUCUUCCUCCAGUAAAUUCAUCCCUGGGAUACCUAUCUGUUUUGAGAUGAAACCAGAAGAAAAUACAGAGAUCCAGGACAUGAUUACGGUAUCCCGAUCCAUCAUCAGAAUUAAGACAAGAUCUAGGAGAGUUUUUUGCAGACUGACAGUGCUAAUCCUAGUUUUUGGUUUCAGUUGGAUGCCUCUUCACCUUUUUCACAUUGUGACAGAUUUUAAUGACACUCUCAUUUCUAACAGACAUUUUAAAUUAGUAUAUUGCAUAUGCCAUUUACUGGGUAUGAUGUCCUGCUGCUUGAAUCCCAUCCUCUACGGGUUCCUUAACAACAGCAUAAAAGCCGAUUUAAUGUCUCUUAUGCCAUGUUGCCAAAUACCAUGAUUUUAUGCGCCCCAAGAUAAAAUAAACAAGUGUGGCUUUCAAGUCUACUGACGUGUAUAGCUGUAAAAGCUAAAUUAG